AUGCCGACCGUCUCUCAAACAAGAUGCGCGAGCGGUAAGAGCAAGGGCAACAACGGCGGUGCCUUUUCCAAGAAGACGGAGAAGAAGAAGAGGAAGGUACCAAAGGACUACACAACCUACAAAACCCAUUACACUCCCCAGUUCUCCCUGUGCGACGCAAUGCGCUACCUCCGCGCCUUCGAAGUCGGCAAGCCUCCCCAGGCCAUCAAGUACGAGGUCCACGUGCACCUCAAGACGCCGCGCAACGGCUCCGUCGUCAAGAGCCGCAUCCGCCUCCCGAACCCCGUCAAGUCCGACGUCCGCGUCGGCGUCAUCUGCGAGGAGGGCUCCCCGAUCGCCCAGCAGGCCCUGCAGGCCGGCGCCGUGGUCGCGGGCCGCGAGUCCAUCUUCGAGGACAUCCGCAACGAGAAGAUCGUCUUCAACCGUCUCAUCUGCCACGUCGACAGCGAGGCCGCCCUCAACAAGGCCAACCUGGGCCGCAUCCUCGGCCCCAAGGGCCUGAUGCCGAACCGCCGCAUGAAGACCAUCACCGACAACGUCAUCAGCGGCAUCCGCGAGACGAUGGGCGCCGACGACUACCGCGAGCGCAUGGGGGUCAUCCGUCUUGCCAUCGGACAGCUGGGGUUCACGCCCAAGAUGCUGGCGGCCAACGUCAAGGCUUUUGUCGGUAGCAUCAAGAACGACAUUGCGCAGCUGGACACGUAUAAGGAGGUUCACGAGGUGGUGCUGAGCUCGUCGCAAGGUCCCGGUUUCAGCUUGAACGGUAACUUUGAGCCGACGGACGAGAACGUGAAGCCUGAGCAUCUGUCCACCGCUAUGUAA